UUUCUAUCAUCAAACACAUUGCUUACAGUAACUUGGAUUGAUAGUUACAAUCAUUUCUUAACCUUUCUCUUACACCAUCUAUCUACGCUUUAAAAGCCAAAGCCCUCACCUUUGCUCCCACUCUCUCUCUAAAAACAAAGACUUUUUCUUUCUUUCUCUCUCUAUCGAACAACCGUUAAUUCAUAAUCGUCGAAACGUUGUGGUUGUCGUCGUAUCUCUCGCUUCUGUAUCCGUUUCCAUGGCGUUUCACCACAACAACCAUCUUUCCCAAGACCUUCCCCUCCAUCACUUCGACGACGAGCAGCAACAGCAACAAGCGGAUCAACUGGCGGAAACCGCCUGUCCCAAUUGGUUGAACACCGCCCUCCUACGCUCGCAGCAUCCUCAGUCGCCGCAGCCGCAUGGUGGUCAGUUCUCUGACCAUGGCUUCCUCAACCUUCACACUACAGAAACUGGUUCGGACUCCACCUCCACGGUUCGACAAGCUCAGAACCGAUGGCUAUCACGUUCGUCGUCUUCGCUUCUUCACCGCAACCAAAGCGACGUCAUCGACGACGUGGCGGCCACCGCGGCAGGAGGUGGUGGGGACUCCAUGAUUGCCGUGGAAUCGGGGGAUUUGAAGAACAGUAACAGCGAGACUUUGAAUAACAACAAGAGCGAAGGUAUCGUAGUGGAAAGUGGAGGAGAUGGGGCCGUGAAUUGGCAAAAUGCUAGGUGCAAGGCGGAAAUACUGGCGCACCCUCUGUACGAGCAAUUACUGUCAGCACACGUGUCGUGCCUUAGGAUCGCCACGCCGGUGGAUCAGCUCCCGAGGAUCGACGCUCAGCUGGCUCAGUCUCAGCAUGUGGUGGACAAGUACUCGGCUCUCGGCGGCGGAGCCCAGAGCUUGGUCGCCGGCGACAAAGAGCUCGAUCAAUUCAUGACGCAAUAUGUUCUGUUGCUAUGUUCAUUUAAAGAACAAUUGCAACAACAUGUUCGGGUCCAUGCAAUGGAAGCUGUUAUGGCAUGCUGGGAGAUUGAACAAUCCUUACAGAGCUUAACAGGAGUUUCUCCGGGAGAAGGAACGGGGGCAACAAUGUCUGAUGACGAUGAAGACCAAGUGGACAGUGAUGCCAACUUGUUUGAUGGAGGUUUCGACGGUCCCGAAUCCAUGGGAUUCGGACCCCUUGUCCCGACAGAGACCGAAAGGUCGUUGAUGGAGCGUGUGAGGCAAGAACUGAAACAUGAACUGAAACAGGGUUACAAGGAGAAAAUUGUGGACAUAAGGGAGGAAAUUUUACGCAAGAGGAGAGCAGGAAAGCUUCCUGGUGAUACAACAUCAGUUUUGAAAGUUUGGUGGCAGGCACAUUCCAAGUGGCCAUACCCUACUGAAGAAGAUAAGGCGAGGUUGGUUCAAGAAACAGGCUUACAACUAAAACAGAUAAACAAUUGGUUCAUCAAUCAAAGGAAGAGGAACUGGCAUAGCAACCCAUCAACUUCGAACGUCUUGAAGAGCAAACGAAAAAGAAGUAAUGAAGGUGAAAAGUGAAAAACACACGACGGUGACUAAUUAAUUUACGUGAUGUCGCAGCCGAUGAAACCCGAUUCGUAGCCGUUUUUUGCUGGUAUGCAUUGGUGCAAUGUGCUGACUGAUGCAAUAGUUUUAGGGAAGUAAAGGAAAUUAUACUAGUGUAAUUUUAUGAUUUUUGUUCACUUUUUUCUUUGUGUGGUGGUGAGUGUACAGUGCAAUAAACCUCUGCAUAGUUUGCUUACAGUCAUGCUAGAACAUCAUCAUUAUAAUAGCUUCCUUCUUCUCCAGUAUUGUAAUGUGGAGUUUGAAUUUGCAGCAGAAAGCGUUCACAUUUGGUUGCAGAUAUGCUUGAAAGGCUUCUUUUAAGGCUUUUUUUUU